GCCCUCCUUUCCCUUGAGCGGCGGCGCUUUCCUCUCUGACGCAUGCGCACAGUGUCAUGCAGUGAGCGUGUGUAUGUAUGUAGGUGGGUGAGUCUCUGUCGGGCGCUGGCCGGUGUGUGGAGCGCGCACGCGCGAGAGCGAGGGAGUAGACGUUUGAAGCUGCGCGUGCGCGAAGCAGCCAGUCGGUCCAGUCAGUCAGAGUGCGCGCGCUCUCUCGCCUGAGGUAAAAAAGAGGCGAAGGAGGGAGAGCCGUUGCUGCUACUGCUGCUGCUUCUGAGGCGACGCCGCCGCCGCCGCCUCCUCAGCCUCGCUCUGUCUUUGGCCGGCCCUGAAAGGAGCUUCGCCUCGGAAGGGCGCGCACAGCCCCAGCCCAGAGACCCCACCGCCACCUCGAGCCUCCGCCUCAGCCCCCGGACAACGACGACGAUGAGCGACCGCGAGCAGCUGCUGCAGCGAGCCCGCCUGGCCGAGCAGGCGGAGCGAUACGACGACAUGGCUUCGGCCAUGAAAGCGGUGAGUGGACCGAGCGAGGGGAGCCAAGAAGAAGAAGAAGGGGCUGCUGCUGCUGACCCACCGCCAGACCCACCCACGGGGAGGAUGAGGAUGGCGGCCGCCCCCCUGGAGGAGGAAAGGGGGUCGGCGAUGGUGACCAAGACUUCUCGCUCCAAAUGUGUCCCCCCCUCUUUCUCACCUCCCUUUUCCUCAGUCCCCCUAACCCUUAAGGCGGAUGCCUGUCUCUUUUAGGUUCUUGUUAUUCUGAGGCUGCCCCCCCUUUAUUUCUAUUAAGUGAUCUUAAUAGGGUAUUGUGGAAGCCUUUCUGGGGGAGGAGGGUUUCUUCUUCUUUUCUGUAGUUGGAGCUGGGAAGAGGCUGGGAGGGGGGAGUUCAGAGGGGGUGGGUGCUAUCCAUUGAAUCAGCUGCUGUGGCCCCUUUCUCUCAGGCCUGGUCUAGGUGUCCCCCACCCUCUCUCAGCCCUCCCUCUGAAAGUAGAAGUUGGGGUGUGGGUGGGGAUCCUCUGUAAAAGAAUGAACUGGUUCUAGCCAGUGAACAGAUCUCUCCUCUCAGCCUCCCUUCUAAGGCAUGCUGCCUGUUAGUCUCCAUCCUCUGGGAAUGAGCUGGGAAAGGGGAAGGGUCUUUUAGCCCCUUUUAGUCUUCUCACCACACCACACACGUAUGUUGUGACUAGGCAGGACAGGAGUGUGUGUGGCUUUCUUGAGGUGGGGUUAGUCAGAUUAUUUUAUCAUUUCCCUCCCUGUCUGCUUAUCAGCUGACAUGGGCAUUGUCAACGAUGGAGUGGGUGUAUGUAGUGCACUAAGGGAGUGCCCUUUAACAGCUUGGCGUGUCUGUGUGUGCCAGAAGCUGAGGACAAGCCCUGAGCCAUGCGGCAAGGUGGAGCAAUGGGGAUGUGGGCACUGUUCGAGUGGGAUGGAGACUGAUUUGAGCCAUGGGGUAGAUCUGGCUGGGAAGCUCUUCUCUGCAAGGUUUGUCAAAGGGUUCUAUUUCAUGUGGCUUUUGUUGGAGAGCUUCCUAACAGUUUGUCCCUCAUGCUAAUGAGGCUCUGCUUCUAAAACAUCUUGAACCACUUUGAAAAAGGGCCUUUUGGCCAUACUGCUAUCCAUCUCCCUUAUUUCCAGCAGCCCCCUUUUGCAUUUAUAUAGUACUUGCCUCAAUAACCUUCCAAAUAACUGGUUCAGAAUUUUAUUUUUGCCUUUUGUUGUUGUCAUUUCAAUAUUCAGCAGCAUAAAAAAGGAUUAAAAUCUAAUUAAGUUUUGAUAGUAUUCUAUAACAUAACAUGAUUCUAAUACAAGUCUGUUUUUCUUAUUGCCACUGGACAGGCUUCUUUUUAUUUGGCCCACCAAAAAAAAUACCAGAUUGCAUGUAAAUGCAGGGCAUGUCAGUUUUCUUCUGUGUGAUCCAGGUGGUCAGCAUUCAUCAUCACUCUGCUAUCUUGCUCUAGUGAGUAUCAAAUCCAAGGGACCAAAAUCAACUGACAGAGUUCUUUGGAGGGUUUCCCCUCAUACGUUGGCAUUACGAGUUUUCCAUGAAAGUAUGCUGACUGAAUAGUAUUUAUGACUACCCAGUUUCCCCAUUUUUGCUUGCAGGGGGAUUUUGCACACUCACCCCCUCCUCCCUGCUUCCUGUCUGUUAACACUCUUGAUUCUACCUCAGAUUCUUUCCUCUGCACAACCUUGGAGAUAGUCGCAGUGCUGGAUGAUUAUGUUUCUGCCCAUCUGUCUUGCCGCAUGCUGACUCUGAGCCUGAGCUACUGUAGCACAAGCACACCCUACUGCUCUGAGGCAGGCUUCAGUAGCAGUGGGGAUUCAGUCUUUAAAACAGCUACUUUUGGAUACUUUUGCUUCAAGAUCCAUUUGUCAGUCUGAGCAAUAGUCUGACAUGUAAAUGGUGCAGCUCUGGGGCAUCUUGUGGGGUUGGAUUGCUGUUUAUUCCUGUCUGCUUUUGACCUACUUUUGAAAUUCCCACCAUAAAAAGAGCAAUUUCAUAAUUCCAGAAUGACUACACAUGUAUAGUAGUGCACAUGCAUACCUGGAUGACAUGUGUUAGGAUCUUUACCCAAGGGUUGCAGUGCAUCACAGCAAACAUGUUUUCUGAAGGGGAAUUAUCUUCAAGACAACAGUGCAGUUUUAGAGUAAUUGAAUAUGCAGUUUACUACAAAAAGGGUAGUAAAAAACAUCCAUAUCACUUGAAGCAUUGUGGGGUAACUUACUUAAGAGUUAGAGAGGCAAGAAAGGAAACAGGGAGGGAAAAGAGAUCAGUGUGGAUACCUGUCCCAAGGCAAAAGAUAUAGGAAAUGACUCUUUCAAAGGCAUCUGCCUUAAAUCUGGAGGUUGUCAAUUGCACUAGAUUUGCAUUAGUUAUUCUUUACAUAUACUAAAAUGAUUAGACACCCUGACUCUUAAUAACAAGGGGCACCAUACAGAACAUUCCUAGGUAAAGGCUGUGAAGGAAGAACACAAAUGUUGGCAAGCUGUAGGUUCCGUUGGAACCCUUUUAAAACCAAGUGCAAAAAUAAAAUAAAUGGAGGAGGAGGAAAGAGAAGGAUUGGGGGAGGGGGAGUUAGGGCUAUCUGUAAAAGAAAGAACCUCUGCUAGGGAUUUCUCUUAUAGGCUAUGUUAUGCGAGGGAGGAAAAGGGUAUUGAUAGUGCACCUUUGAUGAAUGUAAAGGUCGGGGUGUGUGCAAGAGGGGUGCAAAAGGUUUGGGAGGAAGUCCCUAAUCUUAAUGUGUGGCUUAGUUAUUUGCACUAUCAUUCUCCAGUGCUUCCUGCUUUCCCUCUCCAGGGCCCUGCAGUGCGAAUCACUAGGUGCACUGCAAGGAAGCAGGGUGUGCACAUACUCCAGAGGUCUCUGGCCUGCUGCAUAGAGGGUGUCAACACCCUGUGGUUUGUGUUAAUGGUGACAGCCAGCACAUGCUUGCUCCUUUCUUGCCCUGGGUGUCUAAGCCUCUGCUGAGGAAUACAUUUUCAGGCAAAAUUUAGAUUUUGGAGCCAAGGUGAUUAGAGAAGUAUAUAAAAUGGGGACAGGGCUUGCAUGUUUGUUAAUAGAAGGGAUGGCUUGUCUCACUCUACAAAAUACAGUACCUGCCAAUGUCAUCUUUGUUGUUGGCAUAAUUUUCCAUUUAUGUGAUGGGCUCAAACUAUUAUUGUAGGACUGUGAAAUGGUUAUAACAUCAUUCCUUUCAACUGCUCAUUUGAUUCUGCCUUACUCUGGCCUCAUCUUUUUGGAGACUAGAAGUGAUGGGAGUCUUUACCACAAUUCUGCAUACUAAUUAUUGGUUUUAGAACAGAUUCAACAUUGUAUAACAUGGUUUGAUACUCUAGGGUAAGGACAUCCAUUUAGAACUGUUUCUUGCUGAAAUCAGUGCUACUAGUUCAGGUGCAGCCAUAUUUAACCAUGCUAGUAACCUUAAUGCUUUCUGCAUGUCUAAACAGGAUCAUCUUGCUGGUGGUGGGGUGGGGUUUGAACAUUUUCCCCAUUUGAAAUGAUAUUGGUUGAUGUUUCACAAGGGAAUUUAUAUUGCCUCUUAUAUUGCUGUCUGCUACAUAUUCUUCCCUAUUUCAUGAGAAAUUGAGAUGCUGAUCCUAAUAAACAGUGAAAUUAGAACAUGCUGCCACUCCAAAGAGAAAUAUAGAGAACUUGCACAUUCUUAUCAGUGUUGUGUAAAAGCCAGCCCCAUCUUGUAUGCAAGCCCCUGGGGGUAGCAUGCUAGGUCAGAGUGAAGGUGUUUGGAGGAUUUCUGAGUGCUUUUGAGCAGUGUUGCCCAAUGGGCACCUGCACGAGAAUAGGUGGUUGGGCAACACUAGUCAGAGGUAGUGGCACCUCCAAGCAAUGUUGCCCAUCAGGAGAGUGGUUUGGCAUAGCUUCAGGCUGCUGUGUCCAGUCUUCUGCACCCUUCUUUCCUGCUCCAGAACAAGAAAGGACAGCAAGGGGCAGAGGUUUACCUUUUUAGCUUGCAUUGCUGGCUGUGUGUCAUGCUUAUCAGAGAACACCACACUUGCCAUGGUAAGCAGGUUUGCAGAGGCUUGGUUCUCAUGUACAAACUUCAGUCAAAGGUUUUCAGCUUAAGACUCUUUGCUUUAUUGUGAGGAUUUUUGUCUCAAGAAAGCAUGCAUAGUAUUGUGUGGAGAGCUGUCCACUUUACUUGAAUGUGACCCAUAUCACCUACAUUUAGUAGGCAAGAAGUGAGCCAUACUGUGAAAGUGGAGCUGUAUCUAUCCUUUCAGAAGACAAAUGGACAGUAACAGGUAGGGGCAGCAUUCCCUUAAUCAAGACACCCUCCUGUCUAACUAGUUCCUAACCCUUACCCCUGUGGUAAAGGAGCUGUGGAGCAGUAUUCUGUUAGAAUGAAAGGUGGAAUGAGUUAUAAAUGUGAAUAGGAAUAAAUGAAUUUUAUUUGGUAAAAAGUGCAUUAUUCCUCCAGUGGGGUUACUAUUUGUUUGUCAUUGAGCCUUUUGCAGUACUCUGAAAGGAGAAGUGCUUUGGGUUUUUUGUGUUUUUUUUGGCCUGAGCUAGAUUUUAGUAAAGGGUGUUCCAUUCGUCCCGUACACACAUAUGGCUAGCUAUUUACACUAGAGACAUAGGUAGAAUUAUUUGUUAGUGGACAGGACUGCUACAUGCCACGUAACUAGUGACGUAGACAAUGAGUUCAUAUCUACAUUUCCAAGAUGAGGACUCUGUUCAUUUCCAGAUUCCUUAUAUAGGGAAUUUCAUAUAGCUGUAAUUUAGGAGACGGAAAUGAAAGAAAAUCAAUUUUAAUAAUACAGAUGUUUUUAAUUCUUCUUAUGAAAGCUUUAGGAAAAUCACAUGCAUUUUUGUAUACAAAAUUUCCUUAUUUAUAUUUCUUCCUCAAAUUGAGUUAAAUGUUGUAGAAAAACUGUGAUGUUACUUCUUGGUUUGCACAUUUGUAGCUGGUUGAUUGUUGCAUUAAUUAUGUCUCACACUGAGUAAGGUUUGCACCUCCCUUUGUUGGUCACUUAUAGCACUCAACCCUUCUAAUUUUUUUCUUUGUGGAAGUUGCAAUAUCUUCUUCCCACAACAGGAUGGCUUUGGGCUAAUUUGCCUUCCACACUUCCACAGUGGAUGCUGGGGAGCUAGAAGAUAUUUCUCUUUGCUCUACUCCUGCUUCCUACUGCAUGCUGCCUCCAGUUUUCAGCAGGGCAGUUUCCAUUGUCUUAGCAGCCAGAUCAUUCCUUCCCUAAGCAGUCACAGACUCAGGGAAGUUAUAGCUGCAUUUCUGAUUCUCAGCUGAUGUGACUCUAUGCAAUGCAGGGAUCCUUUUUCUCAGCCUGUGAAAGAUGAAUCAACUGGGGCUGAAUAUGCGUUCCAAGGUGCUAGGAUUAUGUUUUUAUGAGCAAUCACUGAAAAAGGGCUCAGAGGACAUCCACAAAUCCUCUGCCUCAGUAAAUCUGAUGGGCCUUAGGUCCCGUUCUUUAACGGCAUUUAUUUAUUUAUUUCAUAGCAAACUAACACAGCUGCUAUUCUAGCCUCUUUUGAACGCAUAAAAAUUGAAGGUGGCAGAUCUGUGUAGGAAUAAACAUUAUAAAUUCUUAGUCACCCACACCUUAAUUUUAAGUGCAAGAGAAUUUUCCAGCCCUGUAAUCUGUCAUUAUUAUUGAUGUUGCUUUGCGCUUAUGAUAUGAAUGUUGUCCUCUCAAUACAUAAUGUAAAAUCAUUCCGCUUCUGCCUGAGGGUGGAGAUACACUUGAAUCAUUGUCUGCUUCCUACGGUGUCCUUGCUAUGUUCAUCAAUGCAAGGCAGAGUUACUUUAAACCUCCAAAUGGCUGAUGAGGUGAAAAACUGUUGUUCAUGUGUUCCAUGUUCAGAGAGCAUAGAGAGGUCUUUUGUCCUUCUAUUGAUUAAUGGAAUGGAAGUUCCAAUGUUGAAAGACUAGUUUCUCUGCAACCAUAAGGGCCCAGAGAGUCUUUUGGCUUUUGUAAUAGAUAUGGGUGAAACUUGUACAUGUGGUAUGGUUUGGAGGAUGGUAUAUUUGGCCCCCAAAACUUGUCUUAAUAUCUCUAUGUGCAUUUGCAGGUGACUGAGCUGAAUGAGCCCCUCUCAAAUGAAGACAGGAACCUGCUGUCUGUAGCAUACAAGAAUGUAGUUGGUGCCAGGCGAUCUUCCUGGCGAGUCAUCAGCAGCAUAGAGCAGAAAACCAUGGCUGAUGGGAAUGAGAAGAAGCUGGAAAAGGUUAAAGCAUACAGGGAGAAGAUUGAAAAGGAGUUGGAGACAGUGUGCAAUGAUGUUUUGGCCCUGCUAGACAAGUUCUUGAUCAAGAACUGCAGUGACAUUCAAUAUGAGAGCAAGGUCUUCUACCUGAAAAUGAAAGGUGAUUACUACCGCUAUUUGGCAGAAGUCGCUGCAGGUGAGAAGAAGAACAGCGUUGUGGAAGCAUCAGAGGCUGCCUACAAAGAAGCCUUUGAAAUCAGCAAAGAGCACAUGCAGCCCACGCACCCAAUCAGGCUGGGGCUGGCACUCAACUUCUCCGUCUUCUACUAUGAAAUCCAGAAUGCCCCUGAGCAGGCCUGCCUUCUAGCCAAACAAGCCUUUGAUGAUGCCAUUGCGGAGCUGGACACACUCAACGAAGAUUCCUACAAGGACUCCACGCUUAUCAUGCAGCUCCUUCGAGACAACCUCACUCUCUGGACAAGUGACCAGCAGGAUGAGGAGGCAGGGGAAGGCAACAAUUGAAGAGCUCCCCAGAUCACGGCUUCCCAUCAACCACCACCUCAUCACCAUCACCAAUACUUCUUUGCCACGAUCACACUAUGUAUUUAGUGCUAAGCAUAAAUGUAUUGUUGGCACAGCUGUGAGGUCUGCCAGAUGCUGCUUCAGAUGGGGCUUCAUGGGCAUUGCUGGACUAAAUGGUGUAUCAGCCCUGUUUAUCAUAGUGGCAUAUUGUGCAGGAAGAAACUUAAAAUGAGGCAUUUUAGUUUCAUUUGAUUCAUAUUAUAUGGGUUAAUAAAAGAGUGGAAAUGAUUUAGGAGAAUUGAUCGAAAAUUGAAUCUUUAAAUUUUCUGCUUGGAGUGGAUUAUGUCAGUUCAGCAGUACAUCUUAUACAUGCAAAACAUGGAAGUGGCUCUAAGCAGAUGUGAACUGAUUUUGUCCUGUUCAUCAAUUUUAAAAUGUGAGGUUCUAUAACAAUCUGUGUUUCACUCUUUAUGUGCACAGACUUGGUUUCAGGCAAUGCAUCUUGAGGUUUUGAUUUUGAUACUUGUAAGCUUUUUUUGCAGUUUUGAAGAAUCAUGAUUUAUUUUUUGUAAAUUCUUUGGCUGUUCAGUUGCCUGUGUAUUCUGACAGCGCAGUGUCAAUGUUAGCCGAUGUUAAGAUGGAUGAUGAGAUGCCAGACUUCUAAAUUAAGUGUUUUGGAAUUAAAGAAAAUAAACUGCUGCUUGGGGGAGAUAAGUUGUAAGAA